UAACUUAUGUAUAUUUGAAAUUAAAAUAACUAAAUGCGAUAAGUGCUUAAAAGAUUCAAACUGAUGCGCUGUUAAGUGUAAUUUAAUAUAAAAAUUGUAAGCUGAAGGACACUCGGACAAUUAUUUACUGCGCGUAAAAUUAGCGCUGAAUCAUAAGCAGCUGCUAUUCUCCUGCCGCUGCCGCCGCCGCCGCUCUUCUUCUAUUCUACUACUUAAACAUGCCCUCUCUAUUGCAAUUGACAGUGCUACUGGCGCUGCUUACGCUGGUCACGCCCACAGCGAACGCCUACAGCACGCCGCUCACGCCAAUGGCCUCGCGUCACACAAGCAAACUCUUGGUGCAGUCGCCCUCACUGGAGCAUGUCUACAUGGACUAUGUGGUCACAUCGAAGCCGCUCAGACUGCUCAGAUACAACAAGAACGGCGGCAAAACGAAGAAAACCAAAAAGGAUUCCAAAAUCUACUUCAUACCCAUACCGCCACUACCCUAUCGCUAUAUACCAGGCGUUGGCUACGACUACCAACCCAUGCGCAUUGUGCCCAUCGGACCAGAGGGUGACAGCUCUACGUCCAGCGCAUAUUUGCCGCGACCAAGUGCCACACAAACAACAACUCGUCAGCCGACGCAGAGCAAACUGCACCGUGUGCAGCAUCACAAGGACUACUACUUCAAUGGACGCCCCUCGCGUCUGCAGGCGGCUCAUGCCGAUCGCAAGUCUGGACUGACAGCGCUUAAUCUAAAGUCUAAGCUGUAUUACAAUAAAAAUAUAAUUUAUUAA